GCUCCAACACUAAACGGUGUCAGGUUUACAUGUUGGAUGAGAUAGGAAGGCAUCGUGGGAUUGAUUCGUUUCCUCUGAAGUGAAGUUCUCCCUUCCCGCUUGCGGCAGGAAUGGCGUAAAGUGGAAAAGGCGUUAAAUUCUCACUCACGGCAACUUACUUAACUCUCUCGUUCAUCCUCAAAAACUAUUUUUGCCCUUUUCAAACAGACACUUCCAAGUUUUGCUGAUUUCUAUCGAAGAUGUCCGGCGGGUUCUUCCGAGGCACCUCGGCCGAUCAAGACACUCGCUUCUCAAAUAAACAGGCGAAGCUGUUGAAAUCCCAGAAGUUCGCCCCGGAAUUGGAACAUCUGGUGGACAUGACUAAGGUGAAGAUAGACACGAUCAAACCCUGGAUAGCUAAGAGGGUAACAGAGCUUCUGGGAUUCGAGGACGAAGUUCUGAUUAAUUUCAUUUACGGUCUGUUGGAUAGAAAGGAGGUGAACGGGAAGGAGGUUCAAAUCCAGCUCACUGGAUUUAUGGAGAAAAACACUGGAAAAUUCAUGAAAGAACUUUGGACCCUCCUCUUGAGUGCUCAGAAUAAUGCCAGUGGUAUCCCUCAACAGAUAUUGGAUGCCACAGAUGAGGAACUUAGGAAGAAGAAGGCGGAAGCUGAUCGAAUUACCCAUGAAAUUCAGAAGAGGAAAGAGAAAGAAGGAAGAGAGUUCGAGCUAGAGAACCUGAAGAAGAUGGACGGCGGUAAUGAUGACUUGAGGAUCAAUAAUGCUGCAUCUGAUCCAAUCUUGAGGCGUUCACAGGCCAGAGGCUCCAGUGAAGAGAAAGAAGCUGAUGAGAGGAAUGGCUCAAGGAAGAUGAGCAGCGCAUCCAAAUCUCCACAUUCAAUGGACCAUUCCCCUUUUAAUCGCAGCUCUCUUUCCAGGUCAGUCAGCAAGUCAUUUUCCAAUUCGAGGAGUUAUUCAGAUGAAAGGCACAGAUCAAGGAGCCUAUCCGGUUCUCCUCAACCACGAGGGCGCUUUAUUUCUCCUGAAAGGCGGUAUCGAUCUCCUAGGAGGCGUUCUGUUUCUCCUCGUCACUGGCCUUCACCGCGAAAACCUCGUUCUCCUUUAAGGAGCAGAUUAUAUCAUUCUAGACAUAGGUCACCAUCAUAUUCGCGGCGUAGAUCUCCUUCUCCUGUGCGGCGUAGACUGCCCUCUCCAUCAAGACGUAGAUCUCCUUCCCCUGUGCGGCGUAGAUCUCCUCCUGUGCGGCGAAGAUCUCCUUCUCCUGUGAGGCGUCGAUCACGUAGAUCUCCAUCACUUCGACAUAGGUCUCCACUUGGUGUCCGCAGGAGGUUGCCAACUCCCUCCCGGCGUCGGUCUCCACCUUCUAGGUGGAAUUCCCCAUCACCAGUUCGGCGCAGGUCACCCUCUCCAUUGAGGAGGAGAUCUCCUCCUCCUAGGUCCCCAAGACACAGGAGGAGGUCACCAUUGGGAUCACCAAGAAUGAGAUAUAGGAGUCGUAGUCCAUAUAGAAGCCGCAGUCCUGCAUAUAGAAGUCAUAGAAGCUUGAGUAGGGACCGCAAUGCUAGAACUAAUGGUGUGGAAUCCAGAAGUACACGUAACGCUCAUGUCUCUCAAAGGGCCCGUGGGAAAAUGUCUCCUGUUCAUCAUGCUCCACAGAGAGAGGUUGAGCGACUAGGUCAGGCACAAAGGGGAGUGGACACAGAGUCUCGCCAGCCACCAAUUUCAUUGAGGUCACCACAACGGGAUCCUAAUGUCCGUAGCAAUGCCGAUCAGAAAAAGCCUGCUUUGGCUCAUACACCAGAAUUUUCUCGAAGUCCAUCAGAUUCUUCACCACACAUGGGGAAAUUGAGCCCUCAUGAGGAUAGGGUCCACAGCUCAUCUGAGAGUCCUCCGAGGCAAGAGAAAGAACGGUUGAGUCGUCAUGGCAGUGCAAGUCCUGUGAGGCGGCCAAGGAAACAGACAGUUCGUCAUGACAGCUCAGAAACAAGUUGGGCGGAAGAGAUCAGUCAUGCGAGGGAGGAUGAGAAAUAUAGGAAUAAUUUUUCAGAUAGACAUUCACCCAGAUCUGGCAAUUGGAAACAUUCUUCUGUGAAGGAUUUUCGACAGGAAGAGUACCGCCCUGAAAGAGUAGGUGGUCAUCAGUCUGCUGAAGCUAGGGGUCAUCCAGAUAACACAGAAUUGAGAAAGAAAUACCGGGACAAAAAGAGUUCGAAAGCUUCAAUGGGGUCUGGUCGUUCUGAAAGUCCUAUACAAAAAGAAUCUCCUAUUUUGGGUGGUAUUGAAUAUGGGCCUGGGAGGCCGGGCUUUGUACCAGAUGAUGUUCAGGCUGGACAACAACUAGCUAACAAACAUGGAAGAGAUUCUCCUUCAUUAAGUGAAAGAGUACAGAAAUCAUCCUCCAGAGAAGGUAAUAAAGCAGAUGAGGGAAAGCAUUCCCAUUCAAGCAAGGCUGAAGACAGGGGCCGGCAUGACAGGACAGAAGAAGUACAGAAAUCGCUGAAGAAUGUUGACAGGAAGAAUCGUCCUGGUGACUCUGAUUCUGAUUCGGCUGAAAAAGAGAAAUUUAGAUCUGAUUACGUGGAAAAGAGAAAGCAUAAGAGGUCAUGUAGGCUUGAAAUGGCUUCAGAUGAUAAUGCAUAUGAUGAUUCUGAAAUUGAUGAGAGGAAGGAGGCCAAGAGAAGAAGGAAGGAAGAAAAGAGAUUGCGGAGAGAUGAGAGGCGGCGACGGCGUGAAGAACGACACCGUAGAAGGGAAGAACGCCGUGCAAGCAAGCUAAAAGCCAAGUCAGGGGACACAGUCACUCCACCCUCAGAUUUUGAAAAACUUCGAAAUGAUGCUGAUGAUUCAGAACGUGAAGGUGAUGCUAGCAAAGAUUCAAAUCCAAGUGACACUGAAGAGAAACAGUCAGAGCAGAAAAAGCUUGAAAUUGAGCUCCGAAAGAAGGCUCUUGAAUCGCUAAGAGCAAAGAAGGGCAUCAAUCACUAAAUUUGUUUUUUUUUUGGAUCAUCUUGCAAUUUUUAUUUUCUUUUUUCUUCUUGUUCUGCAGUAUUUAUUAACUUUUAAUAUUAAGAAAUAUUUGCUAAAAAUGGGAAUUUUCCUGUUGUGGCAUAGUUGUUUAAUGCACAGUCUGUGUUUACUGCUGGCAGCUUUACUGGAUAAAUGAAGAUUCCUGAGCUAUACUAGAUGUGCAA